AAAUAGACUUGAUAUAAGCCCAGCGACAGCGCGCAGAUCAGUUGACGUUUCGUUUGCGCUCUGAUAAGGCGUUUCUUUUGAUAUUCUCCUGCAAUUAAAAGUGCCUUUCGUGGUGUUGAUAAUGGCUGGAAGGAGUGAUUUGAAUAGUCUGGAGGAAGUUCUGGAGAAGUACAUUCCACCGGAGGAGCUGAGGGAGGUGAAGAGGAUUCUCUAUGGCCAGGAGAAGGAGAAAACAAUCGAGAUAUCAGGAGAGGCGCUGAAGAUCGCGAAGGAGAAUGAUUUCGAUGUGAAAGGAUAUCGCUUUGAGGCGCAAAAGGAGCACCUCAGACUGCCGAGGAUCGUGCGCGUUGGUGCCGUUCAGAACAGCAUUGUGGCCAAGACGACAGAUCCUGUGGAUGUCCAGAGAAACGCUCUGUUUGGCAAGAUUGAGAAAGUGAUUCAGGCAGCGGCUCUGGAAGGAGUGAACAUCCUUUGUCUGCAGGAAGCGUGGACGAUGCCCUUCGCAUUCUGCACGCGCGAGAAGACGCCUUGGUGUGAAUUCGCCGAGUGUGCAGAGACUGGAACCACCACAAAGUGGGUGAAGAAUCUCGCCAGGCAGCACAACAUGGUGAUCAUCUCGCCAAUCUUGGAGCGCGACGAGGAGCACGGCGAAGUGCUGUGGAACACGGCCGUGGUGAUCUCCAACACUGGCCAAUACCUGGGCAAGCAUCGCAAGAAUCACAUCCCGCGCGUGGGAGACUUCAACGAGUCCACAUACUACAUGGAGGGCGACACGGGCCAUCCGGUCUUCGAGACGGCCUUCGGGCGCAUCGCCGUGAACAUUUGCUACGGUCGCCAUCAUCCGCAGAAUUGGCUCAUGUUCGGCGUCAACGGAGCGGAGAUCGUCUUCAAUCCGUCCGCCACUGUGGGUGGACUCAGUGAGCCUCUGUGGGCCAUCGAGGCGCGCAACGCGGCCAUCGCCAAUUCCUACUUCACCGUGGCCAUCAAUCGCGUGGGCACCGAAGAGUUCCCCAAUGAGUUCACGUCGGGAGACAAGAAGCCAGCCCACAAGGACUUUGGGCCCUUCUACGGAUCUACGUACGCCACGGCGCCCGAUGGAGCUCGAACGCCCGGCUUGUCGCGUCAGCGAGAUGGACUCUUGGUUACAGAGAUGGAUCUCAAUCUCUGCCGACAGGUGAAAGAUUGGUGGGGCUUCAGGCUCACUCAGCGCCUUCCUCUCUAUGCCGAGUCCCUCGCCAGAGCCUCAAAGCCGGACUACAAGCCGCAAAUUGUGAAGGAAUAGUCUAAGAUUGAGAUUCACAGGGAUAUGCGGACGCUACUGAUCAGAGAGUGGAAGUAAUUAGUCUCUCAAGUCACUUUUUUUGUAAAUCUUGUCUUUAUAUAUUUUUGCUUCAGGGAAUUCUCUUCGGAUCGAUAAAAUUAAUUAAUAAUAACAUUUU